AUGUCUCGGUCACCAUCUAUAUGGGUCAUCCCUACUGAGGAUGACGACUCUGGCCAUGGAUCAUCGAGUACUGGGCUCACAUCUGUCUCACCUUAUGGUGAGCAUCUGGUUAACUCUAUGGAUGGAGUGGUAUUCGAUACAAGCCCAUUCCCCUCAUCGUCGGCUCCCAGAACUCUGAAACUGACUUCCAGAGUCCUACUUCCCUUCUGCCACCUCCUCCUUGCUGACUUCCAAGAGGUUAUCCCACCUCCAGCUCCAACACCACCUUUGGUCCGACUCCGGAACAUUCCGGGUCCAACCUCAUCCUCGACACCUUCCAGACGAGCACGCAACACCUAUGCUCCUGACUCCGGACCUCCGCUCCGGAAUCCCGGUUGCAUCUCCAUCUCUGGAACCUCCGGUCUUAGCUCCGACCUCGGACUGUGA